AUGUCAGAAAGCACGGAUGUCCCCCUGGUGCGGACCGUCCUGACCGAGCUGCCGAAGCACUUCAUCACCGGGGUCAUCAGCGGCCGCUCCCUGGGCAAGAUCCGCGCGUUCGUGGGCGUCAAGGGCCUCUUCUACGCGGGCAGUCACGGGUUCGACAUCCUCUCGCCCUCGCGCUCGGCGUACUCCAUGCACUCGCACAUGCAGCGGGUGGCAUCCCUCGGGCCAGCCUCGGCAAGCUGUUGCGGACAAGCACAGCCGGGUGCGGAAGCACCACCGGCAAGAACAGACACAGCAGUUUCUUCCUCGAACGGGGAAGUCGCGGCUAACGGUAACACCGGCGACGGUGAGGCGGGGGCGUCCGGUUGCCAAGAGGCGGGGAGCGGGGGUGGCGGAGGGGGUGGGGACGAAGAAGGUGCCGGCGGCGACUGCGGUGCCCUGGAGGAGGUGCGGCACCAGGUGGCGCAGGAGUACCUGCCCGUCAUGGAGAACAUUCGCGACCAGCUCAUCGCCGAGCUGAAGGGCAUCGACAAGGCGGAGGUGGAGGACAACCGGUUCUCCGUCUCCAUCCACUACCGGAACUGCGCGAGGGUGGACGUGCCAAGGGUGAAGGAGGUCGUCGAGCGAGUGCAGGCCAGGCACGAGCGCAUCCGGAUGGGCUCGGGCAAGGAGGUGUUCGAGCUCCAGCCGGACAUCGCGUGGGACAAGGGCAAGGCGGUGCUGUGGCUCCUCGACAAGCUGGUCAUGCCCAUGGCACAGGCGCCGGAGGAACCGGCGCCGCCGCCGCCGGGGGAGACGGGGGGGGCGGUCACGCCUCCGCUGCCGCCGCCUGUCGGAACAGCGGCGGCGGCCACGGUUUCUUCGAGUAACGGUGGUGGAAGCGGCGUCGCCGGUGCCACGAAGGAAGAAGAGGAAGGAGAUUACGAUGAUGAGUACUCGGGGCGGUUCUUCACGAUAUUUAUCGGAGACGACAAGACCGACGAGAACGCCUUCCGGGUGCUGAACGGAGACAUGGGCGAGGACAGAGCGCGCCACGACGGCGUGGGCAUCCUGGUGUCGGAGGAGUCCCGCGAGACGAACGCCGCCUACACGCUGAGAAACCCCGACGAGGUCGCCUCGUUCCUGGAGAAGAUCGCCAUGCUCGGCAGCGAGCGUUGCGGGAGCUCUUCCAGCCGGUAG